UUCCCUCAAACAUCCUGCCUUGUAUCAGCACUUCCUCAUUUAAUGCAGGGAGUUGGUUCCAGUACUGCAUUCGAUUUUCAGCCUGCUUAAGCAAAGUAUCAAGAAAAUCCAGACACGUUUCCCAUGCUUAAGAGCAGGCUGGGAAUAUUGCCAAGUUUCAGUAUGGAGUGCUGAAUCAUCAGGGCUCUCUCAGAGAAGCCAGAUCUGGAGUUCUAUUUGUACGUUCACCGGUGAGUGCCCUGAAAGCCAAGCACUAAGGGUAAAACCACCCCAGCUAAUGGAGUGCAUGGUGGCAUUAAUGGAGUGAAGGGAUUCACAGUGACUGGGACACUGCAAAAAUGAACAGGGAAUAUGUCCUCUGGAUACUCUCCUACUCACUGCUGUGCUUUUUCCCUGGUGCUAUUCCCCAAGCAACCUUGUGCCACGCAGUCAGCGGAGACACCGUUAUUUUGCCCUGUGCCAUUAAGACUUCUGAAAAGCUGAACAUUUCCAAUUAUUCUAUAUACUGGCAGAUAAAUACAUCAGUGGUAGUGCAUUUGUUUUACCAUGGGGAGGACUUGUUGAAAGACCAGUCCAGAAGAUACCACAACAGAACCAGGCUCUUUUUGGAUCAGCUGGAGCGUGGUAACUUUUCUCUAAUGCUCUCUGGAGUUCAGCCUGCUGAUGAAGAUGUGUAUACCUGCAUCGCUAGAAACAAAGUGACCAAAACUAAGGACACGUAUAAAGUUAAACUCAACGUCUCACAUAAUCCAUUAAUUGAAAGAAAUGUUUCCCCUUUUGGUCAAACUCAGGGUGUAACAAAUUGUCCUGGGGAUGCAAACACCCUGGAUAUGCUUAUUCUCUGUUCUCACUUCCUGAUGGUGUUGGUGGUUUGGAUCUUGUAACUGUGAAAUCAGGGCUUUUGUCUGCAAAUUUCUCCUGGCAAGUGACUCUUGCAGCACAACACCCAUCUGUAAGGGUUGCACAACUACUAUUCCAGAAGCCACAAACAACAAGGCAUCACCACUUGAAAACUGGCCUUACAUUAAGCACCUAUAACCAUAGUUUGGUGCUCAAACAAGCAACCUUAUUUUUCAGAGGCACUGGCCAUCUGCAGGUCCAAGUGGCUUCAGUCAGAGGUAAUGAGCCUGAUUUUCCAUCCAUCUUCAAGAGCCUAGCGUUAGGCCUCCACAUUUGAAAAUUCUAACCCUACAAUUUGUGUGGUUUUUUUAUGACAAUUUUGAAUCCAAGUUCCAACUGAGGUUCACAAUGUUAUUAUAAUUGUCCUUAAUGUGAUCUUUCACAUGAAAGAUUGCAUGUGCUUUACAAAAAGGGGAAGUAAAAGAAGGAGAAAGCGUAGCUGUAUUAUACGUCAGAGAAAAACUGGAAGUUGUGGUGGUGGCUGCCUUUGCGAAAAUCAAGGGUGGAAACAUUGUGACAGGAAACUCGAGGCUGUGAACUAUGCCUGUGCCUCUUUUCAUUCUGAUGCAUCCAUUACAUCAUCAGUACAAAGAAAUCCAUUCAAUCAGCCAAAGGAGAAGUUGUUGUCAGAGGAUGUUAAAAAAAGCAAACAAUUCCAGAGGAAGAGUGCUGCAUACUACAAAUAAGCCAAAGACUUUGUUAGUUUCAGUCUUAUACUCUUCCCCAAAGAAAGUUAGAAGCAGCCAACUGAAAGGUACAGAACUGCUGUGCUACUUGGGUUAGGGUAUGUGCGAUUCUGCAACCUGUGAUGCGGAGUCACUAAAUUUAUAUAGGUUGUGUUUAUCACUCUGCAUUCCAUUUUUUGUUUAAAAUGUCCAUGGUUUAAGGAACUAAAACUAUCAUCUGUGUCUAUCGGGAUUGCAUUGCCUUACUCCUUAAAAUGCAAAAUGCAGAUAUAACUGAAGAUGUCUUGCCAUUGUUAAAGUUGAAAGUAGCUUCUGGCUGAUAAUAUAAAGAAAGUACAGUAUUUCUUUGAUAGCCCAGUGCCAUUGCAACUGCACUAUUGUGUAGCUGUGAACAGGCUAAGGAAUCUCUCACCCAGGUUGGAAGGGAGAGUGUGAAAGUGCCAUUCAGGAUAUGUCUACACAGCAAUGUAAGCGUUGGCUCCUGGUUCAAGCCUAACCCCCAUUGUGUCCACAUACUAAUGGUGUUAACCCAGUGCUCAAACCUAGGGUCCCAGAAGUCUGCAGGGCUGGAGGGUCUGAGCCAGUGUUAAGCAGGGACCUAAGGUCGAACCCUAUUGCUUUCCUGUGUGUACGUGACCCCAGCUUGACUUGGGUCCUGGAAGUCCUCUGGAUGUAUCCCAGAGUUUCUUGGGGCAACUUCCUUAGUCAUCUCUAUGCCAACAAUAUGUGGUGCAGUCUAUUUCAAACAGAUGUCAUGCUUCCCUUUGCAAAGGGCAGCAGGUCAGAUCAGCGUUAACCUAUCGUCGUCUGAACACUGGUCUUCAAGCACACUAUCAGAGAACCUGCCACAUAGGCGCUGACUGGGGCUCAAGCACAGUGCAGUGCAGUGGGGCUCAAGCACACGCACACCCCAAUAUGGGGUGCCCAGCACCCGCAGAGACGGAUUAAUCUUUUGUGGGCCCUGACGCCUGAACCAAGGCUCUGCCCUGAGGCUCCCUCCCCUCAGCCUCUUCCCUUUAAGGUCCCGCCCACACUCCACCCCAAAGCCCCAGAGAGGGCAGGCGGGGGGUUCGGGAGCAAGGGCCAGAGAGCGGAGCAGGCACGAAGCAGCUGUCCUGCAUGGAGGGCGAGCGGCAGAGCUCCCAGCUCAGCAUGGCCCAGGGAGGGAUGACCCCUAACACUCUGGCCACUCCCCCUCUCUGCCGCACAGCCGUUUAGUCCCUGCUCU